UUGAACCCAGAAGGUAGACGGCGCCUUGGCAGCUCUUUUCUUCACCAGCUUCCCCACCUCACCCCCGGGCCCGGAGGCUCCAGCUUUGGCCACUGGAGACCCGUGCAGCCUCGAGCUGGAGUGGCCAGCUGGGCCUGGAGAGAUGCGAGCAAGCCCCUGGGAACGCUGGCAACGGCGGGGCGGCGGUGGAGUGAGUGAGUUGGGCCAGAGGGCCCCCAAACCCCGAUCCCCGGGAUGUGGCCGAGAGAACCCCAACCUGGGAGGCGCGGCUUGGAGCGCGCUGAGCUAGGCACAGGACGCUCAGAAGGACCGCUGGCUGCAGGCUACCUGGGUUGUCGCCCAGUGUGCGACUCCGCGAUCCAGAGACCGCGGCGGGACUCUGGAGCGGCGCUCCGCACCGGACUAGAGGAGCCCCGGCCGGGACGUGUGGACCCGAUUCUCCCCAGGCCGGGCCGCGUCGCCCGCUCUAGUCCAGCCGAGCCCGAGCUUCUCGGACCAAUCCCCGGUGAUUAUGCAAGAGAGCCGACCAAUCAGCUCCACCAGCUCAUGAAUAUUUAUGACCUUGGCUGAGUCAAAGCUUUGAACCGACUUUGGGGAGCUCGGCAGCAUCAUGCUUAGACUUUUCAAAGAGACAAACUCCAUUUUCUUAUGAAUGGAAAGUGAAAACCCCUGUUCCGCUUAAAUUGGGUUCCUUCCUGUCCUGAGAAACAUAGAGACCCCCAAAAGGGAAGCAGAGGAGAGAAAGACCCACACCCAGACCCCGCGAGAAGAGAUGACCAUGACCACCAUGCCAGAAAGUCUCAACAGCCCCGUGUCGGGCAAGGCUGUGUUUAUGGAGUUUGGGCCGCCCAACCAGCAAAUGUCUCCUUCUCCCAUGUCCCACGGGCACUACUCCAUGCACUGUUUACACUCGGCGGGUCAUUCGCAGCCCGACGGUGCCUACGGUUCGGCCUCGUCCUUCUCCCGACCGCUGGGCUACCCCUACGUCAACUCGGUCAGCAGCCACGCGUCCAGCCCCUACAUCAGUUCCGUGCAGUCCUACCCCGGCAGCGCCAGCCUCGCCCAGAGCCGCCUGGAGGACCCAGGGGCGGACUCGGAGAAGAGUACGGUGGUGGAAGGCGGCGAGGUGCGCUUUAACGGCAAAGGGAAAAAGAUCCGUAAACCCAGGACAAUUUAUUCCAGUUUGCAGUUGCAGGCUUUGAACCGGAGGUUCCAACAAACUCAGUACCUAGCUCUGCCUGAGAGGGCGGAGCUGGCGGCCUCCUUGGGACUCACACAGACUCAGGUAUCUGGCCGCUCCGCCAAACAAGCUUCGGGAGCUGGGCUGAGCCCCAGGCUUCAGAUUUUUUUUUUUUUUGUUCGCUGGGCCUCUGGUUCUAGGUGUCACAGUCCGCCCCCCCACACUCCCGUGUGUGUGUGUGUGUGUGUGUGUGUGUGUGUGUGUGUUUAUCCACCUCUGACUUUCAGCAUCUCCCACCCUCAAACUGUUCGCCCUAGCUCGGACCCUACCCUGACCUGCAGGCUACCUGGUCCUUCUGAUCAGGCAGGGAGCUGGAAGGAUUUCCCCAGACGUUUUGUUUGGAGACUCUGAGGUCACACGUGCCUGAACAACUGGAACAAUAGAAGGGGGAUUUAAUCUUCCUUUGCCUUUAAAGUGUGUCACUAAUCACUCGGGUCCUGGGCCUAAGCCUGCUUCCCCCACCUCCUUCUUUUUGUGAGGUGGCAGAGGCGGAUCCUUCCCUCUGGCCCUUCACUUCCCAAGUUCCAGAUCCUUAAGAAGAAGGAAAAAAAAAAAAAGUGAGAUUUUUUUUUUCUUCUUGCACUUCUCUAAGACCCUGGGCAGUUCCUAGGCAUUCGAACUGGGGCUGACGCCGGUUUCCAGUCUGUCUCUAGAUUUAGGUUGGAGCUGGGGGAAAGGAAAUACACCUAUGGGGGGGGGGAGUUGGAUUGAGUCUAAAGAGUUUAACAAAGACGCUGUAGCCUCUUCCAUCAGUCCGAGGAAAGGAGAUCUAAUUUUAAUAAAUACCCUCCUUUCCUAUCUAGGUUUUAAAUUUUCUUUAUUGUUAUUGCGUUGUGCUGCAUGAGGUCUUCCAUAAACGUCAGCCCGGAUGGCACCGACUCAUUUGCUAGCCAAGGCCUGGUUCUCCCCUGUUCUCUUAUCCCCGGCUCUGAAAGCUGCUCUAAAGGUUGCCAACAGCGGCUGGACCCGGGUCUCAAUUUUCUGGCCUUUGGCCCUCAUGGGGUGUGGGGAGGCGUUGGUCUCUGUCCCGCUAUCCUGGAGCUGUCAGCUUUCCCAAAGCAAGGAGGGCGGGUAUUGUUGUUCAUCAGCCCCUUUUCUCCUCCCUAGACCUGGGUAGGCUCAGUGGUCAUAGUCCGGUCACGUUGUCGCCCGAUCCUGCAGGUCAAGAUAUGGUUCCAGAACAAACGCUCCAAGUUCAAGAAGCUGAUGAAGCAAGGCGGAGCAGCUCUGGAGGGCAGCGCGCUGGCGAACGGCAGAGCCUUGUCUGCCGGCUCCCCACCGGUACCACCCGGCUGGAAUCCGAACUCCUCAUCUGGGAAGGGCUCCGGCAGCAGCGCUGGCUCCUACGUCCCUAGCUACACAUCAUGGUAUCCCUCAGCGCACCAAGAAGCUAUGCAGCAGCCUCAACUGAUGUGAGGUUAUCAGUUGGCACUCACCCGCUUCCUGCCCAUCUCCCUUGGCCCGGCCCCUCCCGCCUCCAGGUUCAUCCACCUUUUCGCUUGCCCUGGGCCGGGAGAAAAAGGGUCCACGGGCGGAAGCGGGGGGAGCUAAAUAUAAAAUAAAAAGGAACAGUGAAGGCAGAGGGCUUGCUGCUUCCUCGGAGUCCCUAAAAGUCUGGCCCAGCGACCUUUCAGCUCUGGGCCCGAACCUGGUUUGGGCCACGGUGAUAGCAGAGUGGCCUCAAAGCGCAGGCACAGCCACUGGAAACAGCCAGUGCCACAAGAUAACCGGCUGGACCCGACCAGACUCUCAGCUUUGUGAGACUAUCAGGAAAAACAAAUACGUAGGAGGGGGAAAUACGCUCUUUUUCGAUUCUGUCCGUCUUUGUCUUCUUUUUGCACUGUCUGUGCGCCGAAGUCAAGGUCCUCGUGUGUCUGCUGUCCUCAUUCUACGGCCUCUCCAAAAAGUCACCAGGUCUGAGCCACACUGGUCUGCCGGCAGCCCAUCACCGAAUCCUGGACCGCUUUUUCCUGAAUGGUCUUCUUCCGGGCCCUGCUUGACCAUCUGUGUAGCUUGUUUGGGAAAUGGGGAAAAUCAGAGGGAGGGGGGUUAAUUUAUUGAAAAACAAACUUCAUCUGACGCUGAUUGUUGGUCAAUUCCAAAUUCUCUGGGAGAUGGAGUGGGUGCUGUCCAAACAUACUAUUUACCUUAAACACACCAGAAGAGGGAACAAGGACGGGAAAGUGACUUUUAAGGUACACAGUAACUUUUGUACUUGGCUGGAAUGGAGGAGGGGAAAGCAGAAUGAUUUGCAUUUUACAUGCUCCAAAUUAUUAAAAUAACAACAAAAGAACGAAGUAAGGAAAGAUAUGUAAAACCAAUAGGAUGUUGUCAAAAAAACGUUUGGACAAGAACACCUGGCCAAGAAGAAAAAUCAUACUUUGGGCAGCAAGAGAGAGGACGAAUGGGCCUUGGAGAGAAAAUAAUUUGUCCUGUAAAAGCACCCCAAUUCCAGGUCGCUUUAAAGUAAGACACAAGCAGCGGCUCGACCACAGAACACAAGUCAUCACCCUGAAUGCACAGGCUCUGGUGCAGGAUCUAAUUGCUGUACAUAUUAUUGUUGUUAUUAUUAUUAUUAUUAAUAACUAUUAUUAUUAUUAUUGUUCUGUAAACAUGUUGCACAAGCUUAGCCUCUUUCCGUUCUGUUGUGUGUGGCUGUAAACCCGAUGCUUUGUGAAAUGAGAAUCUUGACAUUUUACUUGUGAAAUUUGGAAAAUGUGACCGAUUGAAAUCAACUGUGUUUUGUGUUCUCUAUGUCAAAGUUUAGUUUUAUAUUGAGAAUGUUAACUUAUUGCUUUGUAUCUUGGGGGGGGGGAACUUUGUAAAUAAGUUAUAAAGUUUCUUUGAGACAGUAAAAUUAUGGUUUCAAGAAAGAA